AUGACCGCGGACUACGACGAAGACAUCACUGCCGACGUGACUGAGCCCCAGAUCGAUGGCCAAUCGUCGGGCGAUGGAAUCCUCUCUGCGUAUCUAUCUCCCAUGCGACGAUUGGCCUCAACAACCUCCAAGAUGCUCAUGAACGGUGUCGCGGCCUCACCACCCCACGCUGCGGUGAGCGACGCUGAGCUGGAGGAGACUGUGCGACGGCGGCGCAAGAACGACGCCAUCCUGCAGUUCAUCCAGGACAAGAGCCAGAAGCUCGACCUCGUCUGGUUCUGCUUCUCGCACCAGAACUGGACCGACAGCAACACACGCAAGGAGGCCAGGAUGAGGCGGGAGGCAGACUUCAUUCAGCGGAAGCUCGGUGCAGAGACGCCAGUCCUUGUCGUGCACGUCCUCUUGUCACCCUACGAGAGCGAUUUGGGCAAAGCAGAGAACGUCAAUGCUGUGCGAUGGAUGAGCAACUUGAAGGCCAACAUGAAGCAGGACGGUAACCCACUCGUGGUUCUGCCCGCGCACCUGGGCUCAGAUGAAAGAGACAGCCACUUGGAAGCGGUGGCCAAGGAAACGGUGUGGUCAUUCGUGAAGCAUCAGUGCGUCCAGCUGCCCGGAGGCUCCGUCUACAACGGCGAUGUAGUGCACGGCAGGAUGUGGGAGGCGUGCAUGGAUUCGGAAAGGAGGAGGGACCCGGGGGGAGAUAGCUUCCUCGGGGACUGGGUGAGCGGACUCAAGCACGGCUUUGGAACCGUCAGGUAUGGCAAUGGAGACAAAUACGAGGGGACCUGGGAAGCAGGCAUGCGACACGGCAAUGGCCGAUACACGUGGCCGAGCGGACGCUACUUCGACGGCAUCUGGGCGCAGGCGAAGCGAGAAGGCCCCGGCUGCACCGUUUUCCCAGACAAAUCCAAAUGCGAUGGCGUGUGGAUCGACGACAAACCUGGGAAGAUCACCUACGAGAACGGGGACUCCUACUUUGGCUCGAUUGUUUUCCAGGCCCAGAGCAACUCCUCGCUCCACCCCAUCGACUACGUCGUGAGUCGAUCAGGCGAGGGGGAAAUGCACUAUGUCGAGGGGUCCCGCUACGUGGGCACCUUUGACAAGGACCAGCGGAACGGGUACGGCAUGUACGUGUUCGCCGACGGGGAGCGAUACCAGGGCAUGUGGAAGAACAACCAGCGCCACGGCUACGGCAGCUUCCAGUACAACGAGGGGACCGUUUUCGAAGGGACGUGGUGGCAGGACGGCCGGAGAGGAGAAGGCCGCCUGUGUCUCGCCAACGGCGACGUGGUGGUGGGGUCGUGGCAGGGCGAGCAGAUAUCGCAGGCCACCUACACGAAGGGCAGCCUCGCACAGGCCACCAAAUCUUCACAGCGCCUGCUGACGAACACCCUCAAGACGGCCAAGAAGUUGGGCCAAGGCGAACUGAUCGUCUACGCCCAGAAGUGGACCGGCUUUUUCCGUGAAACCGAUGCCACGCCCAAGUCUCCGGUGACGCUCACCAGCUUUGCCGACCUCGCCGCCUUCAUCGGAAGCCACGAUCAUCCGCUGGGCCAGCCCGUGGCCCGUUUUGUAAAUAUGUUCGAAGCGCUGUACGGCGACUUCGCGGAGGAGGACGUGAUCCACCUCAUUCCCACGGCCGUCGACGACGUGGCCUCGUUCAUCAGCACCAACACCACACCAAAUUGGGUGUCCACGUCAGCCUACGGACACGGAGAGCUGAUCAAGAGAACGCGAUGGGAGCCACCACUAAGCGAGAAGGAGGGAAACAAGCUUAUACUGAUGGCCCUUAAGGAGGCAGUGUUCUCUCGCAUCUACCCGCGCUUGUUCUCGCUUUACCGUAUCAAGAACCGGAAGAAGGACAUCCUGUUCAAGGCCAAGCUGGACUCACUGUGGCGCGUGAUGCCGCGCGACCUCGGCAUCCAAAUGGCCUGGGAGAGCGAGUGGGUCGACGACGAGGUGGCCAACGGGUCGCCCAAGAGUGCCCUCCAGGCGCGCCAUCGCAACCGGCGGACCGGAUCGCUCUCCGGGCUGGACAUCCCCUCCAGCUUAUAUAAUCUGGGGAUUCGCAGGCAAAUCGCCAAACACCACCCGUUCCUGGCCGCCAUUCGAAGUCUGCGCAGCGUGGACGGCGAGUACACGCUGCGGGGGAAGCUGCAGUGCUUGAUGGACUGUUCGAAGCACAUCCUGGUGGGUUGCUCGCCGCAGAAACAGAAGGGGAGCCAGCCCCACCAGAAUCUGUCCUCUCUCGGCCGGAGCCCGCUGGUCUACAUUGGGGCUGAGGAGAAGUUCCCGGUGUUCGUGUUCGUGGUGAUCAAGGCCAAGGUGAGCGACCUUCAUGCGCACGCCGACAUGCUCUCCGACUUCCUGCCCCAGCAGACCAUCACAAAGACCGAGGGUGGCUAUCGCUUGACCGAGCUCAAGGCGGCGAUGGAGUUCGUGAUGAAGCUCCACCCGAACCUGCGCAACGCCAGCGGCGAGCUGGUGCCACUGUCGACCAUCAAGAACGACCUCAAGCUCGCCGUCGCCUCCGCCCGGCAGCGCCUGGUCGUCCACCAGCGCGAGGCCGAGGCCGAGCGCGAGCGCCGGGCGGCCCAGUCCGAGGAGGAGGCCAAGACCGCGGCGCCGUCGUCGUCCUACCGCGACUUCCUGCGCUCGCGCAGCCACGGCCGGGCCACGUCGGGCGAUGGUCACUUCAAGAUGGGCUUCCUGGUGGACCUGCUCAAGGAGGUGGCCCACCGCGACGCCACCGCCACGGCCGCCGACGACUUCUACGCGCCCAUCACGCUCGAGCCCGAGGAGAAGCGGAUGCUUCGGAACGAGGCCCACCUGCAACUCCUCCAGAGCGUGCUCAACUCCAUCGGCAUGACCAUCGUCACCGUCCAGCCGGUCGACCAGCCGCCAUCUUCAUCUUCAUCAUCGGCACCAUCGUCAGCGGCAUCACCAUCAUCACCGUUCCAGCGCGAAAAUGGAGCGCACGUAGACGAAGGAGACGAAGAUGAAGAGGCGGCGGGGGGGAAGGAGAAGCGGGCCAAGUCGCUGUCACACGGCCGGCUUCCCUCGGUUGGCCCAGCGGACGGCUCGACGAGUGGCGGCUGCUCGCACCACCCUCGCCACCCGCAUCAGGGGCUGCGGCUGCCCGACGCAACCAGCGGCGGCAAGCCUCCAAAGCCGGAGAUGCGCCUGGAGAUCACCCGGCGCCUGCCCCUCUGGGUCUACAACCAGCUGGCCGACACCCUCGCCCUUCACCUCCCGUGA